AUGUCACCACUAAAUCGCUGGCUGGUGGCUUUCACAGUUUCCCAGCUAUGCUCUCCGAUUCAAUCCUUUAUCACUCCAGUGAUUUUGAACAACAAUAACAUCGCAACAUGCCCUUCCAUAACUUCCUACAGAGAAAGAUCCAUGGCUUUGCAAAUGGUCUGUAGUAGCAAGAGUGCUGGCAAAGAAGAAGAAAAAGAUGUCAAGACGUCAGAAAAGGUUCCCAUCACCUUGUUAAGCGGAUUCUUGGGCGCUGGAAAGACAACGACCUUGCAGCAUUUGUUGGAGAAUGUCGAAGGCACCAGAAUUGGAGUGAUUGUCAACGAUGUCGCAAGCAUUAACAUUGACGCCAAACUGAUAACGGGGAAAAAGGAGGGUGUCGUCGAACUCCAGAAUGGAUGCGCCUGUUGCUCGUUAUCCAAUGAAUUAUUGGCAAGUGUGGAUCAAUUAUUGGGAAAUGCCCAUAAAUUUGAUGCCUUGGUAGUGGAAAUGAGUGGAGUAGCCGAUCCGAUUUCCAUUCAAACCAACUGGAAGAAUGCGAAGGUUGAGGGGAAUCCAGUAGUGGAAAAGGCAGAAAUUGCGCAAGUAGUGACUCUGGUGGAUUCAACAACCUUUGGUACAGAUUGGAUGACAUGGGAUACAGCUGGCGAUCGUGAGAAAUGGUCGAGUCAAUCCAGUAGUGAUUGUGGUCAGACUAAAAAGGUUCCUGAACUCUUGGCGGAGCAAAUUGAAGCUGCCAAUGUCAUUGUGCUCAACAAGAAGGACUUGGCGGGACCUGAACAGUUGGAGGUUGCCUCGUCAUUAGCACGAUCGUUGAAUGCCAAGGCCAAAAUAAUAACAGCCGAGUAUGGAAAAGUAAAACCAUCGGAUAUAUUGCAAGAGCUGGCGGUUCCAAAAGAAUCUGGUUGUUGUAGUAGCGGAACUAGUGAUAAAGAGUCCAAGUUUGAAGAGAAGGCCAGUUGCUCUUCCAAGGCAAAGAAGGAAGCCAUUGACAGUUUCAAGGCAGCUACAAAGGAACCAAAUUGUUGCGAAAAGGCUGCGGCUGAAGGAUCCAGUUGUCGUGACCACGACCACUCCAAGGAUGCCGCACCCGCCAACAAUGACGGUGCUUGUCUCAUGUCUAGUGACAAUAACAAGAUUGGUGUCACUAGCUUUGUAUACAAGGCGGAUCGGCCAUUUCAAACUGUGAAGCUGCUCAGUUUGUUGGAGCAAUGGCCAGUCCCUAUCAAGGACGAUUUGGAUUUGUCUCUACUCAAAGAAGCGCAGGAGAGAGACUACGAGGUACAAAGCAAAGAUCAAGAAGAUUCUCCUUUUUUGGGAGUACUACGAAGUAAGGGAUUCUGUUGGUUUGCUCCAACCCGGUGGAGUGGGCCAAAGGAAGAUGUUUGGAGACAUGACGCUGCUAUGUAUUGGAGUCAUGCUGGAAAGCAGUUUGGAAUCACCAGAGCAGGACAGUGGUGGGGAACAGUUGGUAGAGAGGAGAUGAAGGAACGGCUGGCUGGAGAUCCCGAGGAAUGCAACCGGAUCCUGGAAGAAGAUUUCGUGACCGAAGAGUUUGCUGAUCGUCGACAAGAGAUUGUGUUCAUUGGCAUUGGAAUGGAUGAAGAAGAGAUUAGAAGGUCACUCGACGACUGUCUGAUGAAGGAUAAGGGUAUGAAGCGAUAUCGAGAAUACCUAUCUUACACACAAGAUGGAGUCCUUCUCUAG